AUGUCAUAUGGUGUGAUUCUCGCAGCUGCCUCAUAUAUCUCGGAUGGUAACUUCGCAGGAGCCGAUUUUAUCUAUUACGACGUCAUGGGAGUUUCGACCACCGGGAUUCGCAGAUUUGGGUUAGGCAGUUACCACCUCCUGCCUCAGCGACUAUUCAUGUCGACUAUCAGUGUAUGUAAGGCCAACUUAACAAAAGCGCAUUCAGCGCUUGAAGCAACUAAAGGUAAGAUUCCACAGAAUCUUAUCGACCCAUUUAACAGUAAAACAAUACCGCCCGCAGACGAGCUCCAGCGUCUUGACGAACGUCAAGAUGCCAUACGGACACACUUGUCGAACAUGCGCGCAGCGUUACGCACGGUACGAGAAAGACAUCAAGCAUUUCUAGAUUUCAUAAACAAAUCUACUGAUCCAGAAAACGACAACGCAGCCUACAUGGACUACAUGCAACAGUCCAAAAUCGAGGACGCAACUGUUGCUGCCGACAAUCUCAUACACGUACUCCAUACUAAUCUAGAAGAGGCUUGCGCACGCCUUGAAAGAUUGCGGUCAUCAAUCGCACCCAAUCAACAACAAGAACACGAUCGAAGCCAGCACGAAUUGGACGUGGAGACAACUCCUCAAAGCAGGGACUAUCAAAGAACCCAGGCGCACUACCCUCAGACGACCUUGAGGGACACCACCAAUAAUACAUCAGACAACCACUAUACCUCAUUAGGUAAUCAGCACGCAGCAAACCAGCCUACGAUUCAGCUGGGCAAGCUAACCCUCGAACCUUUCACAGGAGAUAUCACGCAGUUUCAGCGUUUUUGGCGCGCAUUCGAAGUCGCAGUCCACAACGAUUCCUCCAUCAGCGCAACUUACAAGUUCCUCUACCUGCAAAGCUUGCUUAAAGGGGAAGCGCAAAUUGUGUUGCAAGACAUGGACCCAGAUGAGUGCAACUAUUACGAGCUAAUGUCUGAGCCAAGGGCACUCACGUCGCAAUUGCCGGUAUCCCAGCUUGCAGACGCUGCUCAGGGGAACACCACGAACUCCUGUGCAGAUAUCAGUCACGCAAUGAAAGGCAGCGCCGUAGUCCCCGUCGGCACGACAGCCACAGGUCGCGCAGAUACGACUACGAACGCAACAGGGGUGACUAUCGUCACCAUCAAGGGACAGAUAUUCAUCAAGAAGUCCCUCACAGGAGAGAUACAGACGCAGGAGCUACACCGACAGUGA